CUCUUUCGUGCGUCCGCGUAGUCCCAGAUCGCGCAAGUAGGGCUCGCGACUCUCGCGAAAGUCGUCACGGGCCAUUUUGGUGCAUCGCCGUGUGUCCGUGAGCAGCUGUGCGCAGGAUAAUCGUCUCGUCUCGUCUCGCCGCGAAAUGUCCGCUCGCGGCCGCGCGCGCUACGUAAAGUGCGGCGUCGCAAAGUGAUUGACGAUCGUGACGGCGCGCGUCCGGCUGCGUCCGGCGAGCCGACGUGGACGCCGCUCGUGAAAUCCGUCGUCGUCAUCGUCGCGGUCGCGGGUGGUGGCGUGAAACCGCUCGUCCGCCCGGAGGGAACAAAGAGAGCGCCCCCCGCGUUCGCGGAGCGCCUUUUGUCAACCUUGACCCGCUCGUCGGCAAAAACAGUUUCGUGAGCUACUGGAGAUGGUGACGUGUGUGCAAUAGGGGGAAUCCUCCGAGAGUACUUGUUUCAACUUAUGUGGUGAAAGACUCGAGGUUAACGCAAUCGCGUGGCCAUGUUUCGCGGUGAUGAAAUAUUGGCUGAAUCAGCUGUGAUGUAAGGACAAAUUAAGAUGCGCACUUGCCUGGAUUACGUCUACGAUCACGUCUAUUGUGUAUAUCCUAUUGUAUACAUUGCGUGGCGAGUUUAAAUGAGACAAGAUGAGCGGUGAAAGUGCGAAGGACAGCCAGCAGCCGAGCCUGGCGAAUUAUCGCCCCGAGAUGCUGAAUCGCCCCCCCAUGCAGCCCACAUUUCCGGAGACAAACAGACUAUGCGUGGACGUAUGGACGGAGAAGAUGAACAAGGGGGUGCUGACGAGUAUUAACUUCAGGGAGUACUGGCGGGUUUGGGUGCCAAAGAUAUACAGCCCGGGGUCCAAGAGCAACUGUCUGGAGUGGGCCAUCGACGAGGACACGGCCAACAGGAUGCUCCUGAGGACCCUGGAGGAGUUCAUCUGCGGCGGCGAUCCGCAGAUGAUCCUCAAGGAGCUGAGUAUGAUGGACAAUCCGCCGUCCAUAUGCGGCAGGAUGUUCAAGAUGGGCGAGCCCACCUACAGCUGCAGGGAGUGCGGCAUGGACUCGACGUGCGUCCUCUGCGUGGACUGCUUCAAGCAGUCGGCGCACCGGAACCACAAGUACAAAAUGGGCACGUCCAACGGGGGCGGGUGCUGCGACUGCGGCGACACCGAGGCCUGGAAGAAGGAGCCGUUUUGCAAGACGCACGUGGCGGGGACGCAGACGAAGGAGGCGCGCGGCAACAAGCUGCCCGGCGACAUCGCCGAGAGAGCGGUGGUGACUUUCGAGGCGUUGCUGGAGUACUGUUACGAACUGCUGACCCUCAAGUACACCGUGGCACUGCCGUCGAAUCUCUGCACCAAAGACACCGCGCCCUAUCCCUCGCUCGGGCCGGACAGACCUCAGAGGGAUAUUUUCGAAACCUACUGCACUGUGCUCUUCAACGACGAGCAUCACACCUUCGAUCAGGUGAUAAACAUGCUCACGCGCGUUCUCGAGUGCACGCAGAAGGAGGCGGUGGAGUACGUGACCAACGUCGACAGGGAGGGCAGAGCUGUGAUAAAAUGCGGGCUGUUUGAGCUCUGCCACGAUCUGCGCAACGAGGUCGAGAAACACACGUACAGGCACAGCAAUCGGCCGCUCAAGGUGCUGAUCCUCCACACCCACAUAGUCGCCCAUCAGACGUUCGCCAUAAGACUGCUCAAUUGGCUGCAACAGUUUAUCAGCCACUGCGAGGGCUUCCGCGUUCUGUUCAGCAACAUCGCCCUCAACACGAAGCUACCCGACAUGUCGAUCGUCGAGGGCAUACUCACGAGGGACUCGCAGCUGUGGAAGUCCGCCAGGACGGUCUGGCACAGGCUGUUCAUCUACGGAAUGCUGAUGGAGUACGAGAGCAAGAAGGCGCUCUCCAUCGUGUUUACAGACAACUACGGGUCCGUUAUGAAGGACUUCAUCAAGGACGACCACGAUCACUCGUUCUCGAUCGUCUCGCUCUCCGUUCAGCUGUUCACCGUGCCGACCCUGGCGCACUUGCUGAUCGCGCAGCACGAGGCGCUGUUCGACCUACUGACCACGUUUAUAUCCGAGAGCUCCCGGCGAUGCAACGCCACCGGCAAACUGGAGUUCGAGAGGAACAUGCCGCAUCACAACUUCAAGCGGGCGCAGUAUAUACUUUACGACCUGCGGUACCUGUUGAGCGCCAAGCCGGAGAAGUGGACGGACGAUCUACGACGCGGCUUCCUGCAGGGCCUCUCGCUACUGUACAACCUCCUCUCCAGCAUGCAGUGCAUGGACGCGAUGCUCCGGCAGGUUGGACAGCACAUGGAGUACGAGCCGGAGUGGGAGUCCGCGUUCAAUCUGCACAUAAAACUGUCGCCGGUCAUCACGCUGGCCUUGGAGUGGUGCAGCUCGGAUCGCGUGGUGCUCAUCAAGUCCUUCAUAGCGCUUCUGAAGAAGCUGCACGAGCAGCAGGGGAACGAGCAGCAGCCGAGCCAGGUGCGAGAGCUGGCGAAUCAUAGCGCGACCUGCCUGCAGUACGACGUUGCGUCCGAGCCGGUCUCCGUUCACCUGCCGCUCUCGCGAUUCCUCGCCGGCCUGUUUCUCCAUCUGGAGAAGUACAAUUUGCACUUUCAGUCGCCCGAGUUCAGCAACCCGAUGAAACCGACGCCCGAGCAGAUCAUCGAUCCCGUGCUGACGACGCAGGCCAUGAUCUCGCAGGUGCACGCGGGCAUGUGGCGGCGAAACGGCUACUCCCUCCUGAAUCAGCUGUACUUCUAUCACAACGUCAAGUGCCGCAGCGAGAUGCUGGAUCGGGACGUCGUUUUGCUGCAGGUCGGCGCGUCGCUGAUCGAGAGCAACGAAUUCCUGAUUCACAUCCUGAACAGGUUUAAUCUCCUCGACUGGGUGCAGCCGGACUUCGAGGUGAAUCCGGAAUUCCGCGCCCUGAAGAACUCGGAGGACCCGGACAACAUGCGGCAGACGAUCAAUCUGGUGGAGGAGUUCCUGGGCCUGCUCAUCACCAUCAUCGGCGAGAGAUACGUCCCCGGGGUCGGCCAGGUGACCGCGGACGAUCGUCUCAAGAAGGAGAUCAUACAGCAGCUGUGCAUAAAGCCGCUCUCGCACUCGGAGCUGAGCAAGACGCUGUCGGAGGACGUUGUGUACAACGUUCAGAGCGAAUUGGAGAGGGUGAUACACGAGGUGGCCGAGUUCAAGAAGCCCGCACACACGUCGACGAAGGGUGUGUACGAGCUCAACUCGAACUUGUACUCGGAGUACAACGUGUUCUUCUAUCACUACACGAAGGAGGAGCACAGCAGGUCCGAGGAGGUCCAGCGGAAGCGCCGGAAAGCUCAGGGAGAGCUGGAGUGUUGUCCGCCGCCGAAGCUGCCCAAGCUAAUGGAAUCGUUCAGUCUGGUGGCGAAUCUGCUGCAGUGCGACGUCAUGCUCCACAUCAUGCAGACUGUGCUGGAGCGCGCGCUCAAUUUCAUAGCCAGGAGCUUCUCCGAGCCGCAGGUGCACAAGGUGCUGUAUCUGAUCGGCUACGCGCUGCAGGAACAGGAGUCCGGCUACUAUCCCUUCCUCGCGUUCCCCGAGCGGGCGGCAAAGUGGAAGAUCUACAAGCUGCUGGAGAACCUGACCAGCAGCCCGCGCAUGGACGCCCACAAGGAUCUGCUCACGUGGGUCCUGGCCAAGUAUCGCCAGGUGGCCAGUUUGUCUGGGAAGGAGACCAGCCCGCCUCUUCAGCUCGAGCAGCAGCAGCAAGCGGGCGAGACUGACGCCAACACCAACAAGGAAACUGACAAAGAGUGGCGGACGAAAAUGGCAGCUCAGAAGCGUGCCAAGAUCAUGGCGCAGAUGGCGGCUAUGCAGAAGCACUUCAUGAAGAAGAACGCCACUCUGUUCGAGGACACGAGCCUGGAUGCCAACAGCAAGUCCAGCGACCGCGACUCCGCCAUGGACCUGACGGAGGCCUGUUCUCAGGAAGGCUCGCCCGUCGCCGUCGGCAUCCAUCAGACCAGCAGGAUGUGCGAGCAGAAAGUGUACACGUGCAUUCUGUGCCAGGAGGAUCAGAUCGUGACGGAGAACGGCUCGGCGAUGGUGCUGGCCGCGUUCGUUCAGCAGUCAACCGUGUUGUGCCAGCGCCACGGCGACUUCCAGGAGCCCGACCCGCUCUAUCUGUCGGCGAAACUGGGCAUGUCGCCGCACACGAGCACGUGCGGCCACGUGAUGCACUCUCGCUGCUGGCAGGAUUACGUCGACAACGUGCUCGCCAAGGAGAACCGGCGGCCCUACAGAUCGCGACAGCAGACCAGCUUCGACGCCGAGAACCACGAGUAUCUCUGCCCGCUCUGCGAGUGCCUCAGCAAUACCGUUCUUCUACUCGUACCGCCCUUGGGAAUGAUGCAGGCGACCCCGGAACCGCAGCCGGACAUUACCUUCGAAACGUGGAUGAAGGUGAUGUCGGUCACGAUGGAGUGCAAGUCGAACAGGCAAUUCGGCAAGGCCAUGGAGAAGGACGAGGACGGGCUUGAAGUUGAAAGGAUAAUCAAUCCCAUGUUGGUCCUCCGUCAGCAGGUCACGUGCGCCUGGGAGCCGUUCCAGGCGCAGUAUUCGCGAUGCGGGCCGCACCUCGCGCGAAGGAUGGAAGCCAUGAUCAACAUGUACGCCGCGCUCUUCGUGCAAAACUCGUACAAGGGAUUCGGCUGUUCCGACGGUUAUCCGAGGAUGCCUUUGUUGGCCUGGAAGUCGGUCUCGUACACGGUUCACGCGAUAGAGUUCCUGCUGCGCGACCUGGACAAGCCGCUACUGGGCGCCAUGACCUCCCGACAAAACGACAGCCUCGAGAGCCUCGUGCGGCUGUCGGCCCUCCUGGGCGCGAGUUUCUCGAACGGCGCCAACCUCUGGUCGCAGCACGAGCAUAUCAAGAUGUAUUCGGCGUUGUUGCUGACAACGCUGGUAGACGAAUCGACGUUUUCAGCCGCUGGGCCCAGCAUCUUCGAUAUCGACCCUUUCGGCGUAUUAGUGCCGCUCAUUAACUCGCUGCCGAGCAUCUUCCACAUGAAGGUGCACGAGGUGGCGGCGAACUCGCCGCCCAUCAUCACGGGCGACGUGUUCGAUUCGCACGUGCUCAAGCUCGUGUUUCUGUCUCACAUAGCGAAGAUUCUCUACACGUCCGACUUCACCGACGCGAUGGAGCUGGACAGCCACGAGACGAAGGACGACGACGAUGGAGAGGAGGUGGAGGAGGACGACAUCGACGCCAAGAGGGACUUUGCCCUGUUCAACAUUCUGGGCGUGAACUACGACAAGCAGAGAGCCAGCGACGUGUGGCGACGAGUGGAGGCCGCCUGUCGGCCUUUCCUCCGGUGUUGCGCUAUCUACUUUCACUACUUGACCGACGUGCCGCCGCCGAGCGAGUUGACGCAGGUGCGCGGCGACACGUACGAGAAGCUCUGCCAGUACCUGGGACUGCCCACCACCUGUGACGCUCUCAUCUACUCCCACUUGGAGGUCAACCUGAAGCUGAUGGCCCUGUGGCGGCGGCACCCCACCGUCUGGAAUCACAUGAUGGGCGUGAGAAAGGUGUCGAUCGUCAAGGACCCGUUGAAGAUCAACAAGCUGAUAGUCCUACCAGACGACUACAGCGAGCUCAUCAACUCGAUAUCCCAGUUCACCUGCCCGAACAGCGACCGGGAGGACUCGCGUAACCCGACCAUGUGCCUGGUCUGCGGCGAGAUGCUCUGCUCGCAGAGCUACUGCUGCCAGAUGGACCUGCCCAACAAUGUCUCGGUGGGCGCGUGCACCUUCCACGCGAACAAGUGCGGCUACGGCGUCGGCGUGUUCCUGCGCGUACGCGAAUGCGAGAUCCUGUUCCUGCGCACGCCCAAUCGCGGCUCCUUCGUCUGCCCGCCGUAUCUCGACGAGUACGGCGAGACGGAUCAGGGUCUGAGGCGCGGCAACCCGUUGCACCUCUGCCACGCCAAGUACCAGCAGCUCCACCACAUGUGGCUCGGCCACGGCAUCCACGAGUCCGUCACCCGGGCGUUCGAGCAGUCCUCGAACAACCUGAUGCCGACCCAGUGGCAGCAUCUAUAACUUCGUGGGAUCCUCGCCGCCACGACGCCGCGGAUCUGACGUUUUAGACGAAAGAAAGAAAAAAAAAACGUGAGGAAAGAUUUCAGUCUUACGCUUAAGCGAAGCUGUAGCCUAAAUAUUGAUUGUUGGUCGUCCGCAAUUCGAUCCGCAUCUGCAACGAGAUCGGCGAAAUUGAUUUAAUCGGUGCGCGCACGAACGCUACGACUUUCUACACUUAAAAAACGAUAAUUGGAUAUAUCGUUCCCUCUCUCUUCUCCGUCCCCCUGUCUUUCCUCGCGCCGAUUCUUACAGGUUCACCGGUCGCGUGGGGGUUUCAAAGUUAACAAAAUUUAUAUUUUUUUAGAUCGUUUCCAAGUUAACGAAGUUUCUAUAUUAUCCGUUACAUAAAUUACUAUAUGACUCUGUUCACGUAUUUAUUAAAAGUAUUUAUUCAAAUUACUACGAAGAUUGUUACAUAUGUGUUCUGUUGCUUGUAGAUACGAGUCCGUGACUAACUCGGAACGGUCGUCACGAGACGCUUGUUUCUUUUGCGAAAAUCUGCAAGUUUUCGUCCGCAUGUACAAACGACGGAGCCUGUGUCUUAAAUCACCCCCGAAGACCUAGAACAAUGAGCGAGAGGGCGACUCGCCAUUCAUCCACAUCAUCGUGUAAAAACCACUCGAUUCACACAUUUCGCGUGCGGGACAGCGCGCUGCAACGCGCGGGAGACAAAGAACGCCGUUGCGAUUUUUAUAAUUAACAAUCGCGAAUUAUUCUAGGUCGACGGGUCCCUCUGCCUUUUCUUUCAUUCUUCCGCUCUUGUCCCCACUUAAUGUUAUUCCGCGCGUACGCAGGACGUGAAGAGGAAAAGGAGAAUACGCUGAUGGAAUAAUUUUUAAAGUCUCGGUGGUGUGUGAAAUAAAUAAUA